AUGGCUCCUCCAAAGCUAAAUGGUUUUGUCCAAAUCUGAAGCAAGAAUGGCAGCAAGCACAUCCGGGCUUCUCAGUAAGAAGCAGUCAUCCAAAUAGUAGAAAGAAAACAGAAGGUUAAUCUGGUGAUUUCCUUUCAGUUGGAUGGAAGGAGCAGGGUUUUUCAGCUGGGUGAUAAUGUUGCAGGUGUAGUGGUUAGUUGUUUUGAGACAGGAGUGCAUCAUCCAUUAACUCUGAAAGAUGACACUUUCUUACACAUUGACAAGUUAUCUUCCAUAGAUGUUGAAAGGUUGAAGUAUUUCCUGGAUUCUUUACAUGUAUCUGAAUCCCAACAACUCGAGGAACCCAAGAGUAAUCAGCAUAUUCCUAAAAGCAGUGAUCCAUUUUGCAGGAAGCACCAGGAGCUAGUUUGUGGAUCCAUGAAUACUACAGAAGAAAGUGGGACUCCACUCCCCAUGAAGAUGCCAGUUUCAGAGACAAACUCCAGCAGCAGUCAUGUUGAAAAAGAGAGUGGAGAAACACAGAGCAAAAACAGGAGGAGAAAAUCAACAUCCACUGUAGAAGUGAAUGAGGACAUUCUUGAAGAAAGUAAUCCUGAUCCAGAAAAGAAAUCCAAGAUUUAUGACUCCAGGAAUGAAAGAAACGAAGAAGAGAAACCAAUGGCUUUAAGAGAUCAGGAAAAGCUUGACAUUUGGCAAUUUGUACCUUCAUUCAAUCCCAACACCUGCUUGGGUCCUAACCUAGAUAACAUUGUUCUUCCAGCACUAAUAUGGUCUGAAAGUGGAUUAAAGUUUAGCCAGGAGACCCAAAUACAUACAUAUAAUGAAGUCCAGCCUCCUCUUGAGACUUAUGCAAAGCGACUGAACCGUGAAGGCUUUCCCAAUUUGGGAAAUACCUGUUACAUGAAUUCCAUUUUACAAUCUGUCUUUGGGAUUCCAACCUUUGCAAAGGACUUGCUCACACAAGGUAUCCCAUGGGAGAAAGUUUCAGAUGAUGAUCUUAUUAAGCUCUUAAGGCAACUGCUUGCCUUGAAAGAUAUUGAGGAUAUAGAGAUGAAAGGAAUGUUACUCAUGGAUGUGAAGAAAUCCAUUUCGACGGUUGCAAAAACAUUCUUGGGCAAUGAACAGAAUGAUGCCCUUGAAUUUCUAAGUCACUGUUUAGACCAGUUGAAAGUGAACAUGGAAAAACUGAACACCACGUGGGUCACUGAGAAGGAUAAUGAAGCUGAGAGAUCAUCUCCAUCAACAUAUGCUGGGACUGCCAUCCCCAAAAGGUUUGUUUGUCCUGUCAGUGCUAAUUUUGAGUUAGAGCUGCAGAGCUCUAUUGUUUGUGAAGCCUGUGGUGAGGCUACACUCAACACUGAAGUGAAUAAUUACCUCUCUGUUGACCUGCACCAAGGGAUAAGAGAAGAGCCUCUGUCUAUUCAAAAGUCUCUUGAUCUUUUCUUUACACCAGAAAAAAUUGAGCAUAAUUGUGCGAAGUGCAAGAACAAGAAUUCUGUUCUCAUGUACACUUUGAAGAGGCUCCCCAGGGUCCUCAUUGUUCAUCUGAAACGCUACCACUUGACCGCUAAUGGGUUGUUGGUGAAGAGUCAACAGCCAGUUGAGAUUUCUCAGUAUCUAAAUGUAUCUUCCCACUACAAUGAAAACAAGAAACCACCAUUUCCCUUGACUGAUAAGGUCCCACUUGACGACUGUGAUGUCCCAAAUGUCCCUGAAGAGAUGAUGCCUCUCAACCAGUCAAUACCAUCUAGUGAUGUGAAGAACUAUGAGAAAAUUAAUGCAGAUGGAAUGUCAGAUCAUCACAUUACCACUAAGGAUGUCAAUUAUUGUGAUCUUAAUGAAGAAAAGAUUCUUGAAGGAUCUCAAAAAAUGGUGGAACAGCUGCUCCCUAAUUAUGGGAAUAGAUUCGACAAGGAAUUCCUUCCUCAGGCAUCACCUCAAAGUGUUGGGGGUACUCAGGAGGACACAGAGAAGGAUCUGAAUAAGUCUUCAGAAUUGAGAGAUCAGAAAGAUGAUGAAAAUUCCCUUGUAGAUGCUGUUGAUGAGUCAAAAAAUGUAUUGGGAGGUGAUCCUCAGAAUUACAGACUGGUCAGUCUUGUCAGCCAUGUUGGGAGCUCCCAAGAUUCAGGUCAUUAUGUAAGCAAUGUGUAUGACUUUGAAAAGCAAGCAUGGCUCCUGUACAGUGAUGUCCAAGUAUUCGAGAUUCCAGAGGCCUUGAUUCAAGAGACUGAUCUUCACACUGGAUACAUUUUUUUUUACAUGCAUAAGGAGAUAUUUGAGUGGCUGUUGAAAAAGGCAUCAGAGUACUAGUUACUUGGAACAUCUAAAGAGCAAAAGACGAAUGUGGAUCUUUUCUCACCAUUGCUUAAUGGCUAUACACACGUCCUAGAAGAAUCCAUUUUGAAGACUCAUUUAGGUCAAUUGAGAACUCAGCAAGCAAAACAAAACAAACAACAUAUUAGGACAGAAACCCAUACAUCCGCUCCAGAUCCAGAUAUUCAGAUCUGCAGUGGUCAGAUGAUAAAAAUCAAGGAGUACAAAUGUGAAUAUAUGAAAGGUUGA